AUGGCCGGCUACUCCGACGAUCCUGGGGUCUCCCCGGCCCGGGCAGCCACCGCGCACCCUGCGCCCUUCCCGCGUGGAGACCUGGGCGCGCCGGACGGGGCCCCGCGACUGUGGCUGAACGCACCGCCGCUCAGCCCCGCGCCCUGCGCUCCGGCUUCCCACCGCCCGCUGCCCUACGGGGGCCCAGGCUCCGCGGCUCCACCCGGCCGUCUCCUCGGCUCCCCCGGCGCCGACCUCGCGUGGCUGAGCCUCUCCGGCCGGCAGGAGCUGCUGCGCCUGGUGCGGCCGCCCUACUCGUACUCGGCGCUCAUCGCCAUGGCCCUGCAGAAUGCGCCCCGACGCCGCCUCACGCUCAGCCAGAUCUACCAGUUCGUGGCCGGCAACUUCCCCUUCUACAAGCGCAGCAAGGCGGGCUGGCAGAACUCCAUCCGCCACAACCUGUCGCUCAACGACUGCUUCAAGAAGGUGCCCCGGGACGAGGACGACCCAGGAAAAGGCAACUACUGGACGCUGGACCCCAACUGCGAGAAGAUGUUUGACAACGGGAAUUUCCGGCGCCGGAGGAAGCGGAGGGGUGCUGUGUUGCCUUCCGGAGGAGCACAGAGCCCGGGUGGGGUCCUGGGGGUCCCCGUCGCAGUGUCCCCCAACGGGCAGGCCACCUGUUUCUCCGGCUUCACUGCGGCCAUGGGCGCGCUGGCGGGUGGAGGGGCUGCCCUAACCGGGGCCCGGCUGGGAGAUGUGCCCCGGGCCCUGCACGCCCCCGCCGGCCUUGGCCUUGGCCCCGGCCCCCAAGAGUCCAGCCCGGACAGGGGUGUCGUGUGA